CGACUUUUGCUCAGCCUGGCAAAGUGCGCCGCGUAGGCAGGCGUGCGCGGCUCGAAACCGCUCGGCGCGCCUCGCGCAGCGCUCACCGUUCCAAGGGCAGCCCCCUGUCGCGCGCAGAGCGCGCUUGAAGGGCGCCGGGGACGCCAAGGCCCCUGAAGGCCCGCCGGCGCUGCGCGCCGCGCGUUCCAUAAGCGGGCUAAAAACUGAAGCGCGACCAUGCGCGAGAAGGCCAAGCCCUUCAAUGUCAAAGUGGCGGUGCGCGUGCGCCCCAUCCUUCCUCAUGAUCGCGACCCGCGGCCGGUUGUACGAGUCGACAGAGAGUCAGCCAAGCCGUCCGUCACGGUAGUGGACCCGGACAAGGAGUUCCCUGGCCUGAAGCAGAACAUCGAUUAUUUGAGGGUCGACUACAUCCGAGAGAGGAGCUACGAGUUCGACCACGUCUAUGGGCCGACGCAGCCGACCGACACGGUGUUCCAGGAGGCCGUGGAGCCCUUAAUUGGACCUGUAUUAGAUGGUCAAAAUGUGACGAUCUUCGCCUACGGCCAAACUGGUAGUGGUAAAACACAUACGAUGCUCGGCCAUCGCGGGGACCGAGGUGUGAUCCAGAUGGCUCUGGCCAAGUUGUUCAACGAGCAGAAGGAGCAUACCCGUGUUACUGUGUCCUUCGUCGAGUUGUACAAUGAAGAAAUUCAUGAUUUACUCAUCGAUGAGGAACGGCGAUACGGCAACCACAACGGUGUGGGCGGAUUGGAUCUCAGAGAGGACCCGAUCAAGGGGCCGUGCAUUGCUGGGGUUACUGAAAUGCCGGCAUCCGACGUCGAGACGGUCAUGGCUCUGCUGCGAGCGGGCAACGAGCGACGGACCCAGGAACCUACGUCGGCCAAUGAUACAUCUUCUCGGUCUCAUGCUGUCUUGCAGUUAGCUAUCGAAAGUUCGGAAAAACCAGAAACGCAACACAGAGGGCGUAGAGUGAAGAUAAAACGAAGUUCAAAGCUGUCGAUGAUCGAUCUAGCAGGAUCAGAAAGAGCCGCGGAAACGAAGAACUCGGGAGCGCGCCUCCAAGAGGGCGCUAGAAUUAAUCGGAGCUUAUUAGCUCUCGGCAACGUCAUCAACGCGUUAAGAAGAGGCGCACAGAAGGGCGGCAAGUCCUAUGUUAAUUUCAGAGAUAGCAAACUUACACGAUUGUUGAAAGAUUCGCUCGGCGGGAACUGUCGCACGCUCAUGCUCGCCCACUGCUCGCCCACAACCUUAUCUUUCGAGGAGACGCUCAACACAUUAAAAUAUGCCAAUAGAGCCAGGGCGAUCAAGAACGCGGUCAAGGAGAACCUGCGCAAGGUCGAGAAGCCCGCUCGUAGACUGAGGCCGGCGGCCGUCCACCCCGAGGGCGUGCCGCAGAACAACCACGUGCGACCGGCGCCUCGGAGACGAAGACGGUAUCGCGAGAUGGAGGAGCGGCCGCAAUGGGGCGUGAAUAAACCGAAGACGCCGCCGAGGCCUACCAAGGAGAACGAGGAUCCCCAGCCGAGGUCUAACGAUGGUUCGGAGCGGAAGAAGCGGCGGCACUCGGCCCACGACAUGCGGGCGAAACUCCGAGCCCGGAAGUCGGUGGAGAAGCCUCCUGUUGUGGACGAAGAAGCGGAAAGAGCGCGCUUGGUCGAACAGUUACACAAAACGCGGAAGGAAGUAGUGGGACAAGUUAGGUUGGCCGUCGAGCUGAGAAAGACCGUAGAGUCGCUCACAGCUACGAAGGUCAACAAGGGCGCGACGCUCUUUGCGCCCAAGGAUACUGUGCAUCGGUCUCCCGAUAGGCAGCGCUUCCCGCCGAUCAAGCCCGAGGAGCGGCGGGCCAUGGAGGUGGCGGCCAGAGCUUAUGCGGAGGCCGUCGGCGUCGAGGGCCAGUCGGCCGAUUUGUUAAGAAGGGACCCUCUGGCCUUUUUGAGCGAUGUUUUACUCAAACAGAAGCACGGCUCCGAGCCCAAGGAUUCGUCGCCGGCCGGGGUGGAACUGACUCCUACUGGUAGAAGCCCGGACAAAGAGCAAUUGCUCAAGACGGCUUCUCGCGUGAAAGCGCGGGCCGCGCGGGAAUGCGAGGGUUUACGAAGGGCUGUUAAAAGAGGCUUAGAUAAAUCUGCAAGGAAACUACCAGCGGUCGACGGUUCCUUAGCCGCCGUUUAUGGAAUACGGGACGCGGCGUUGAGACAUGCGGUGUCGCCAGGGCAACCAGAACUCAUAUCGAAGGACGAGCUGUCGUCUUCCGCUCUGCUCGACGCGGAGAUGCGCAUCGUCGGUGCUGAGUUAGAAAAGCUCGAGAUUGCUGAGGCUCGGACGCAACGACCGGAGACGCAGAUCCAUGAACGGGAGGUCCACGAAGCUGCGUUGAAGAAAUUAGAGCAGCAGGUCCGUGUGCGGAACGGCGUCAUCCGCAAGCUCGUCGGCCAGCUCAAGAAGGAUGGCAUCGGGGCUCGCACCAUUGUUCGCAAUAGCUAUGCAGGACGAGCAUCACCUAGCUACGCCAAGAAGAACUCUCCUAGACGGGAAAGUUAUGCGUCGCCGCAAGCGAAGUCGUCAGGGAUCAUGGCCGACUUGCUGGGCGCCGCGUCGCCCUCGUUUGAGCCGCAUCCUGCGACGUUCUCGGCGAGCCAGCGCAAGGUGCCACGACGGCCCGACGACGCGAAGGACGCGUCAGGACGACGACGGCGGCCGCGCGUCGCCGCGUGAUCCGUCCCCGCUCGCUCGCUUUCAAGAAAAGAUUCCCUUCCCCGUUGGUAACAAGACUACUAUCAC